CUGACGCUGGGUAAGCCCCUGGGAGAAGGUUGCUUUGGGCAAGUCGUCAUGGCUGAAGCGGUGGGGAUUGACAAAGACAGGCCAAAAGAAGCAGUGACUGUGGCAGUGAAGAUGUUGAAAGAUGAUGCUACAGAAAAAGAUCUAUCUGACCUGGUGUCAGAGAUGGAGAUGAUGAAGAUGAUUGGGAAGCAUAAAAAUAUCAUCAAUCUCCUUGGAGCCUGUACCCAGGAUGGUCCGUUGUACGUGAUAGUAGAAUAUGCUUCCAAAGGAAACCUGCGUGAGUACCUGCGAGCACGCCGCCCCCCGGGGAUGGAGUAUUCGUUUGAUAUUAACAGGGUACCAGAAGAGCAGAUGACAUUCAAGGACUUAGUGUCAUGCACAUACCAGUUGGCAAGAGGCAUGGAGUACCUGGCUUCACAAAAAUGUAUCCAUCGAGACUUGGCUGCAAGAAACGUUUUGGUAACUGAAAAUAAUGUCAUGAAAAUAGCAGACUUUGGUUUAGCCAGAGACAUCAACAAUAUAGAUUAUUAUAAAAAGACUACUAAUGGACGGCUUCCAGUAAAGUGGAUGGCUCCAGAAGCUCUGUUUGACAGAGUUUACACACAUCAAAGUGAUGUUUGGUCAUUUGGUGUGUUGAUGUGGGAGAUCUUCACUUUAGGAGGAUCGCCCUACCCAGGAAUCCCAGUGGAGGAACUUUUUAAGCUGCUUAAAGAAGGGCACCGAAUGGAUAAACCUGCCAACUGCACCAAUGAACUCUAUAUGAUGAUGAGAGAUUGCUGGCAUGCUGUGCCUUCACAGAGACCGACUUUUAAACAGUUGGUAGAAGACUUGGAUCGGAUUCUCACUCUCACAACUAAUGAGGAGUAUCUGGACCUCAGUGGACCGCUCGAACAGUAUUCACCUAGUUACCCUGACACGAGGAGUUCAUGUUCUUCAGGUGAUGACUCUGUUUUUUCUCCUGAUCCAAUGCCUUAUGAACCUUGUCUUCCCAAGUACCAACACAUGAAUGGAAGUGUUAAAACAUGAACAGAAAUCAUACAGAGGAAUAAAGAAAGAAGAACACCAAGCUACCUACCAUAUACAAAACAAAAAUCUUUUCUCCAGGACCUUAAUAUUUCUGCUUGUACAUACGAAACAUCAGGGGUGGG